AUGAUGCACUUUAUGGCGUCCAGAGUUCGAAGAAUGCUUUUUUUAUAUAAAAACAAUAAAAACAACCAAAAUGAUGUAGAUUCCAAAACAAAUCAGGAUGUUAAAAGUAUUCCUUUCGAUAAAAAGAAGUUCGACUUGAGAAAAGUUGAAUUACUACGCACCGUCGGCACAGGAACCUUUGGUCGUGUAAUUGUGGUUCAUGAUAAAUGUUCACAACAAUACUAUGCAUUGAAAGUGUUGAUAAUCGAGGAAUUGGUACGACUGAAACAGGUAGAACAUGUCAAGAACGAAAAGUCAAUACUAAUGCAAUUAAAUCAUCCUUUUAUUGUAAAACUGUAUUGGACUGGACAUGAUGCGAAAUUUUUAUACAUGCUAUUCGAAUAUGUAUGCGGUGGUGAAUUGUUUAAAUAUCUUCGAGAAGUGGGUCAUUUCUCAUCUGAAACUACACGAUUUUAUACAAGUGAAAUUAUUUUAGCACUGAAAUAUUUACAUAGUUUGAAUAUCGUGUAUAGAGAUUUAAAACCGGAAAAUUUGCUUUUGGAUUAUUCAGGUCAUUUGAAGAUGACUGAUUUUGGAUUCGCAAAGCAUGUUAAAGACCGAACUUAUUCACUUUGUGGUACACCAGAAUACUUGGCACCUGAAAUUCUCCAAGGUAAAGGUCACAAUCAUGCAGCUGAUUGGUGGACUACAGGAAUUAUUAUUUAUGAAAUGUUGGUUGGUCGUCCACCAUUUUAUGAUGAAAACGAUAAUCGAUUGUAUAUAUAUCAGAAAAUUGUAUCAGGAGAUUUUGACUUCCCAGACGAAAUCGUAGAUGAAAAUGCUAAAUCAAUCGUCAGGAAAUUUUUACGUGUGAAUCUCAAUGAACGACUUGGCAGUUCUAAAGAUAGUAUGUAUGAAAUAUUAGAACAUCCGUGGUUCAGUGAUAUUUGUUGGAGUGAUGUUUUCCAGAGAAAGUUAAAGCCCCCAAUCAUUCCCAAUGUACAGAGUGAUGGUGAUACCUGCUGUUAUGAACAGUAUUUUGAACAAGAUUGGUCCGAAAUUCCCUUAUCCAGUAUUAGUUCUCGUAAUUUAUUCAAAGAAUUUUAA